AUGACCAUUGAAAACGAAGAAACCAUCUUUCCCACCCAUAAUGAAUUUCGCUCAGAUACGUUCACCGUGCCCACACGGAGCAUGAUGGAGGCAGCUUGGAACAACGCUACGUUUGGAGACUCUGUUUAUAAGGAAGAUGCCAUCACUCUUCAACUCGAACAAAAAAUGUGCGACCUUACUGGGAAAGAAGCUGCUCUUUUUUGUGUCAGUGGAACCCUUUCCAACCAGAUUGGUCUCCGAGCCAACUUGGUGCAACCUCCCUACUCAAUCCUCUGUGAUUAUCGUGCCCAUGUAUUCAUUCACGAAGCUGGUGGAUUAGCCACCUUGUCGCAGGCUAUGGUGCACCCGGUUCAUCCCGCAAAUGGAAAUUACUUGACGCUUGAAGAUAUCGAAGAACACUGGACUGCGGACGAUGGAGAUAUCCAUAGCGCACCCACUAAAGUCAUCUCGUUGGAAAACACUCUCCACGGAAUAAUUACGCCAAUUGAAGAAAUCAGACGAAUUAGUCAGUUUGCCAAAAAAAAUAAUCUCAAACUUCAUCUCGAUGGUGCUCGCUUAUGGAAUGCCAGUGCUGCUACCGGUGUCUCCAUUAAGGAGUACUGCUCGUACUUUGAUUCAGUUUCAUUGUGCUUGUCAAAAUCUCUCGGUGCUCCAAUGGGGUCCAUUUUGGUUGGUACCAAAAAAUUCAUUGAAAAAAGUAAUCACUUCAAAAAACAAAACGGUGGUGGUAUAAGGCAAGCCGGUAUCAUGUCCAGCAUGGCCAUAACGGCUAUUGACGAAAACUUUUCCAAACUCAAGCGUUCGCAUGCAUUAGCCAAACAAGUGGGCGACUUUUGCGUCGAAAAUGGAAUCAAACUCGAAUCUCCCGUCGAUACCAACUUUGUUUUCAUCGACUUGAAGGCUAACCGUAUGGAUGAUGGGCUUCUAGUAAGCAAGGGUGUUGAGCAUGGAUUAAAGUUGAUGGGUGGUCGUAUUGCAUUCCACUAUCAAUUGAGCCAAGAAAGCGUUGACAAAGUCAAACAGGUGAUUUUGGAAUGCUACCAUGCAGCCCUUAAGAACCCCGCAAAACAUGCCAAGAACAGAAUGUACAACUACGAUAUGAUGAGUGCUGCUGUCGGCAGCGUAUAA